CCGAGAGCAAAAGUGGUUUUAAUCAUAUUGAUAAUAGCCAGUAAUGAUAAUGAUAAUAUUGCAGUACACCCAAAGGUGAUGUAACUCAAAAAAUGUCCAUUACUCUCUCUUUUUUAAAUUUCUUUUAACAAACCUGCAAAUAUGUAUAUAUUUCAUGUUUUUUACAACAUGCUCAUGAUCAUAAUCUGCAUUUACUGAAAUUCGUGUUGUUGGUUGCCUUUGUGUAAUUUCUCCUUUUUCUUUUCUUUCUAGGUCAUCAGAGGGCAAGGCUAACCAUCCUGUUCAGUGUCAGGCUAAGAGUGAGGAGAAAUAGUUUGGAGGCAGUAUGAGCAGGGAGGAAAGAGAGGGUACUGGAAACGUGAGGAGAGACGUCAAGGAAGCAGUGUGGUCCUACUUGCCAAGUCUCCCUGAUGACCUUCUUUCCACCAUGCUUGAUGAGCUUGGGGUUGAGACUGUCGACGAUCUGGCCUUGAUGGAGGAGAGGGAUCUGGUUAAAUAUAUCAAACCCAUCCAAAGUCGGAAAUUAAUGAAGGGCAUCAAGGACGGAAUUGCUACUCUUAAUAUGGAGGUGGUCUCUGAACCAAGUGCUCCAAGUUCCCCAGCUCCAAGUUCUCCAAACACUCUGGCUACUCCUCAAGCAUUCCAGCCUCCAAAUCAGCUGUUGCCCAGCCCUCCAAGCACUGCCCCACGCACGUCAAGCCCUUCACAGCUUGGCGUACCAUGGUAUGUGGACUUUCGUCUCAACUGGGACCAGGUGUCAUCAGCCAUUCGACUUAGAGUGGAAAAAGAAGAAAGACCAUUGCCAGACCAGAGAAAGGCCUUCGUGGUCGUGCUCGUGGACCAAAUGAUGCAGCACGACCGCAACCCAUCCAGAGCCAUGUGCCACAGCGUUGUGAGAAGCAUUGUCAGGAACCAUCCAAAAACAUUUGGCGACAUUGGCAAGCACGGUGAUACUGUUGGAGACGGAUGUCACUCUCUUCUGCAACAAGUAAAAACGAGAGUGGAGUACAAAAAUAGAAAUAAUACUCUUGCUCAACGCCGCAGACAAGGAAGACCGCGAACGGGAAUGGAAGGAGAGGCCAGACUGGCAAGAGGUCCUGUUGACCAAUACGGGUGUAUGAGGUGGGGCCCAGCAGAUUUGCCAGAGGGGGAGACCGAGGCAACGUUGGAGAAUAGGAAGAGGGAUCUGCUCAACAUCUACUCAGAGGAAGGAAUGAGUGGGGCAGAGAGAGCAGAACCAAUAAUGAAAAAGACAUACAUCAUCCUGCGGAAAUACCUUAACAAAGAGCCUGCCGCAGAGAUGUCCGAGAUCAAACUGGAGUGGCCGUUUCUCUUCUCUCAGAAAUGCCUAUUCUCACACUUUGGCAUCCUGACGGACGUCGAUGUCCUUCAAAAACUACAGGAGGCAAUUACUCGACGAGGACAGACCAUCCUGGAUUACUGUGCAACACUGGACAACCCCAAGAUCCGCGAUGUUCUGGCCCGCUAUGAUCCAGACUCUGACAAGGCUGCCUGCAUCCUGUUGCUCCUAAUGUCAUACUUCAAAGAGCCGAAGGAGAAUUUGAUGCUUGAAGUUGAUCCAUGUGCCACUGCUGUGGACGUUAAUACUGCAGAACUCCCCAGCACCCCCUGUUUGAUCAUUCAAGGUGACAUGAUGAAGCCCUCUGGAUGGCUUAUAUCCAUCGAGGGACAUGUCGUAAUGGGCCCACACCCUUUGUUUUUACACGGAGUAGCUGCUUUCUUCAGCAGCUAUUACGUCUUCAACAUUGAGUAUCCUGCCACUGGAUCGUCAACGCUGGAGUUCAUUCAAAGGUGCUUCUUGGGCAUCAAUCCUGAAAGAGGCUCAAAAACAAAGAAGCGGACAACAAUGAACCCUCAUGUGAGCACCCUUUUGAGGAAACUUAUAGACUUUGAGUGGGCAUCAUAGAUUUUUUGCAG